GUAAAUUCAUAGGUUCUACUUGCAUUUUCAACGCCCUGUAUUAACAGUGCAGGCCGUGUUUUGACGUCACUCAUUUGGAUAAGAUAUUUUUCUUUUUCGAAGCAGAAAUGUGGCUCAGAAAAAUCUUCACAAAGAAUGAACGCCACGGUAAUAUAACAGUAGAGCGUCCCAAGGCCAUGUUUUACCAUCUAACCGCAACUUUAUGGCCCGCAUUGGUAAUUUUCCUCCUCCCUGUGUACCUCUUCAGACAAUUCGUUAGGAUUUUACUCGCCCUUAUCUACAGAAAGCGGUAUGGGGGCCUUAUAAGCGGUGCGGAUAUGGUGUGGGCUCUGGAGACGGACGAAUGGAGGAGCGUAGUAACGGUGUUAUAUAUGUUGAAGCAUACUGAUGACAGAAUGGAUUUAUUGGAAAAAAUCAAAUCAAGAGCGAAAGAAAAAGUAUUUGACGUUGACGAUUAUCCUAAGCUAACCAGUACUUGUCACCAAAUUAUGGGCCAAUUUUAUUUGUUAUCAAACACCUAUGCACUCGACGAGUGCGUAAAGGAACUUAUCACUGAAGACAACGAGCCAUUUAGCGAAUGCACCCUCAAGGACUACAUAAGCAAAAUUUGCAAUGAGCCCCUGCCGAUGAACGGUACUGCCAUGUGGGAAGUUCUCGUCAGUAAUAGACCAUUGGACACUAAUAAAGAAGGAAACUAUUUAUAUCCGGUAAUAUUUAGAUUUAAUCACGCUGUCGGUGACGGAAUGGCUUUUGUUGAGUUUUUAAUAAAGGCGUUCCAUGAUAACAGCGACAACCAUGCUUGGGAUGGGCCUUCAAGUCAGCGCUGCAGCGAGAAAAACCACGUAGCCAAGACAAUACUUACUCGACUGUCAGGGGUUCUACACACGCUCUACAUCCUAUAUUCGUUUAUCGGAACAGUUUUGUUUUGGCGCUAUCUUAGGACCUGCGAUCACAAUAGUUUACACGGCGCCAAACUCUCUGGUAACAAAAUUGCGGUGUGGUCCAGCGAAGAUAAGCCCGAAUUAGUAUCCGCCAUCAGACGGAUCAGAGCUAGAGUACAACGGGUGACAUUUCAAGAUGUUAUGCAUUCUGCCAUAUCUGCCAGUUUUGUGGAAUACUUCGAAAAGAACAAAGAACAUAUUCCUGACUCUAUUACCGUAGCAAUUCCAUACUUGCUGACACGGAGAAAGAUCAGACAAGGACCAGCAAAUCUGACCAACGAUUUUGCAAUUGGUGCAUUUACGUUACCUACCAACGAAAAAUCUGGGUUGGACACUUUACUAAGUACGAGAGACCAUUCGGUAUUUGCGAAAGGUGUUCCCGAUCUUGAGGUGUUCAUUGUCGGGUCCCGAUUAUUAGGCUCGAUACUACCCGUCAACUGGUUACGAUAUUGGUUUAGCUGUCCGGGAAUUACCGGAGUAAUAUCAAACGUCCCAUUUACCAACGAAACCAGCGUCAUCGUAGGACACACUUUACAUAGUACGGUGUUUUUUAUACCGCACAGAUCAAGGACUGGUUUUAGUUUUGGCGUGCUGACUACUGCCGGAAAAAUCAGCAUCACGCUAGCUGUCGACAAAUCGUUGAUAUCAUCAAAAGCCGAAGCCCAACGACUAAUUGAUGCAAUUUUCCGAAAUGUAAAACGAUUAGAGAUGGAAAUAGUUAAUAUGGACCGAUUGGAUUGAUACCCGUUUAAUUACAAUUUAAUUUUCAUUUGCUCAGCCAAAACCGUAGAUAUUUUUUUUUCUUGGGGUUGGUUGGUUUGGGGGGUUUGUAUCGUUUCACACAGAGCAAUGUGUCUCUAGGCUAUUGCCUUUGGUUACUUGGGAUUACAUGAUACCAUCGCCAAUAACAGUUUUGGUUAGUUUCAAUAGGUGCCGAUUGGGAGACCGAAAUAAAUAAAACAGUUGCUACAAUAUUAAAGCAAAAUAUAAUUUCGUUUAUUGUGGUUUUUAUUUAAUUCAAAAAAAUAAGUACUGUAUUUGGAAGUAUAAAAACUAUGCUCAGGUUAGCAUCUGCCUCCAUGUACAUCGGGUCUUUCCACGUGAACUUGGUCGAUCAAGAAUUAAUAAAAAGUUGAAAAUUUGUAUUCUGCUAAAUUCAAAAAAAACGGAAAUAGAAGUCCACUUGAUCAUUUCAAGUGUAAAAAUAGUUAUGUCCACUUUGUCAGUUUAUUGCAUUUGGUGUAAAGCAGCAAAUGCAAUUAUGCUCCCCACAAAUUUGAAACGACUAAAACAUAGUCCACCUGACUAUUUUUCUCCAAAUAACUACAAAUCAUAUAGAAUGGCUGAUCAGUCAAAAUUCAUAUUAAGUGAUGCUAGGACUAUCAAACCAAUGACAUUUCAGUUUAUACACCGCAAUUUUCAAUUUUAUAAAUUCAACAAUUUUUUUAUAGAUUCUAGCUCACAUUCCUUGAAAACUUUAAAAAAUAAUCAGUUUUGUCUCCCUUUUCUAAUAAAGCGAGUCAAACCAUUAUUUUCUGUUUUUUCGAUAAGUAUGAUAAUUAAACAACAAAAUCAAUCUUUUAAGGAAUUUCAAAAAUACUUUUUAUAUCGCUUUUAUGCCAUUAGAAAAACAACAUUCUUCCGCUUUUUACAAAACUUCUGGAUUCCUCUUGGGUCGGUUUUUGCUUAGUCCAAAUUGCUAACGUUUCGCCAAUUAUCCUGUUGGCGUCUCCAGAGCUUGACUGAAAACUGCAAGCAAAGCAAAAACCGACGCAGGAGGAAUCCAGAAGUUUUGUAAAAAGCAUUACAGUAGCCUGUGGAAGUUUCUUUGUAAAAUUAAAAAAACCAACAUUCUCCCGUUUUUAAUGUGCUUGCUUUUUUCAUUUGUAGCAUUUUGUAUUUUGAG